UCCGAGCAUGCGCAGAACCUCCCCGGCGGGGAUCGCUAUGGCAGCGGCGUCGCGGUGGGCUGGCGCCUUGGUCUCCUAUUCCAGCCCCGCGGCCUACGCCGCCCUCCUAGCCGCGGCCUCUCGGGCAUGAGCUGGGCCUACCGCCGUAGCCCACUGCCCUACCUGCCGCCGCAGCCGCAUCCUGACUGUGGGCCCGCGCCAGGAACAUGCCCCUGGCCUCCUACUGCUACGUGAGGGUCGUGGGCAGGGGCAGCUAUGGGGAGGUGACGCUCGUGAAGCACCGGCAGGACGGCAGGCAGUAUGUCAUCAAAAAACUGAACCUCCGAAACACAACCAGCCGGGAGCGGCAAGCUGCUGAACAGGAAGCUCAGCUCUUGUCUCAGCUGAAGCACCCCAACAUUGUCACUUACAAGGAGUCAUGGGAAGGAGACGGCCUGCUCUAUAUCGUCAUGGGCUUCUGUGAAGGAGGUGAUCUGUACCGGAAGCUCAAGGAGCAGAAAGGCCAGCUGCUGCCUGAGCGUCAAGUGGUGGAGUGGUUUGUACAGAUUGCCAUGGCUUUGCAGUAUUUACAUGAAAAACAUAUCCUUCAUCGAGAUCUGAAAACUCAAAAUGUCUUCCUAACAAGAACAAAUAUCAUCAAAGUGGGUGACCUAGGAAUCGCCCGAGUGUUAGAGAACCACUGUGACAUGGCAAGCACCCUCAUUGGCACACCCUAUUACAUGAGCCCUGAAUUGUUCUCCAACAAACCCUACAACUAUAAGUCUGAUGUUUGGGCUUUGGGAUGCUGUGUCUAUGAAAUGGCCACCCUGAAACAUGCCUUCAAUGCAAAAGACAUGAAUUCUUUAGUUUAUCGGAUUAUUGAAGGAAAGCUGCCACCAAUGCCAAAAGCUUAUAGCCCAGAACUGGCAGAACUGAUACGAACAAUGCUGAGCAAAAGGCCUGAAGAGAGACCCUCUGUGAGGAGCAUCUUGCGGCAGCCAUAUAUAAAACACCAAAUUUCCUUGUUUUUGGAGGCCACAAAGGCAAAAACCUCCAAAGCUAACAUUAAAUGUGAGGACUCCAAAGCCAAGCCUGUUGCCACAGUGGUUUCCAGAAAGACAGAAUCAAAUCGUGAAGCAGCCCACCCCCAGCCACACGCCUCUGAGGGCUCCCAGGCGCGUGUAAUGAGUGCAGAUAGAUGUUUGUCCCAGGAGAAACCCAUCAUCAUUGGCCCCUUGAUGUUCCCUGCUACUCCAAAAGACCACAGUAGCAAACCAGACAUGAGCAAUGCCGUAGAGUCACUAGCUACCGUCCGUAGGGUAGACAUCGAUAUCUUACCCGCACAAAGGAGGGAUUCAGUGAACAGUGACUUGGCUCAGAAGACUCAUCCGGGACACUUAGAUGCCUCUAAUGAGCUGGAAGAUAAAUGCAGUGUUUCCCAAGUGAAAGAGGAGAGUCUGCAGGUUGACACUAAAUACAGUGCCCAGCCUGAAAACUGGAUUCCCACGCAGACCUCUGAUGAUGGUGGUGGGGAAGGGACUGAAGCCACGGAGCCACUACAGCCUCUACACAAAGAUCAAAAGCCAGAGGACCAGGACCAAGUUGCUGGUGAAGGUAUUACAGAAAAACAGGGCCAAAUCCAGCCAGGUUUGCAGCCACACAGCGCUGGGUCUGAACCUUCCCUGUCUCGACAGCGACGGCAGAAGAAAAGAGAACAGGCUGUGCAUGGUGCAGCAAGGAGCCAGUUCCCAGAGGCAUCUCCUCAGCUUUUGCCUUCUCAUCCCACUGUUGGAGCAGAUACCAUGUCAACACAACAGCAUGCUGAAUGCUGGAGUAGCAUGGUCACCGUGUCUGUGAGCAGCGCAGCGGGCAGCGGGAUAGCGUCAUCAAAGGAUCGACCACUGUCAGCCAGAGAGAGAAGGCGACUGAAGCAGUCACGGGAAGAGAUGUUCCCCUCACUUGAAGGCCCUUCAGUUAGGAGAGCUUCUCUGAAUGCAGUGGGGCCGGGGAAGCUGCAGGAGGAAGGCCACUCCCUCCCUGCCCGGCGGUUCUCUUCUGACUACAGCAACACUCAGGAAAGAAAACUGAUUAACUGUCUGUCUGAGGAUGAGCUAAGUUCUUCUACAAGUUCAACUGAUAAAUCAGAUGGGGAUUCCAGGGAUGGGAAAAGUCAUACAAAUGAAAUGAGUGACUUGAUGCAAUUGAUGACUCAAACCCUUAAACUGGACCCAAAAGAAAGCUGUGAAGACCUCCCGGUACCAGCUCCAGGGUCAGAAUUCAGGCUUAAUCGAAGGUAUCGGGACACGCUGGUACUUCACGGAAAAGUUGCAGAAGAGUCAGAGGAACUUCAUUUUAAAGCACUGCCUUCAGGUUCUGAAAAGAUCAGGAGAAUACUUGAAGUCUUGAGAGCUGACGUCAUCCAGGGCCUAGGGGUUCAGCUUUUAGAGCAGGUAUAUGAUCUUUUAGAAGAGGAGGAUGAAAUGGAGAGAGAGGUACAUUUACGGAAGCACAUGGGUGACAAAUACACAGCUUACAGUGUGAAAGCUCGCCAGUUGAAAUUUUUUGAAGAACAUGUGAAUUUUUGAGAAUUUGUUAGAACUAGACCUAUUUUCAAAGGUUUCUGGCUUAAAAAACAAAUCAUGGAAGAGUUGUUUAGAAGCCAUUCACCAUCCUUUUCUAUCAUACUUGAAAAAACUGGACAGCACAGAGUAAUAUGAAGCUCGUUCACAAAAGAAAACUUUUGCUUUCAUACUGUUUUUAUGAAGACAAAUGUUACAGUUGUUUGGUUAAUGAGCCUUAGAGCAUCAAAUUUAUAUCUAGAGCUUUAUUUUUUUAAGAUAGUAGCUUGAAAGGAGAGCCAUAAAGCAUUGGGUUGGAACUUUUAUAUUGUACUACAGUGAUAAAAGCAACAGGAGAAAUAAAGACAUAGUAUGUGUAGUGAUGUUAUCUGCUAACCUCCAGGAGUAGUUGAUACAUUAUUUUAAAAAGUUAAUUCACUAUUCUGCAAAGAGAUUUAAAGAAUGUGAACUUCUGUACAGUAUAUGGGCAACAGAUUCCUUUUUUACACUUUGAUGGAUUUUUAGUAUUUUGUUUUCAUUUAAGAUACUCCUCAUUUAGGGUAUACAGGAAUUGAAGUUAAAGGAUUUUGGCUUUGUAUCAUGUUUUUUCAUUACUAAUUUUGUUAGAUCCAUUUUCCCAUCAGCAAAAACAACUCAUAAACACUAAUUCCUUUUCCAGUGAAGCAACUUGUAAGUAAAGUCCAGAUCUUCUUAGCUAUAUUGGAUAUAUGUAAAGUUUGUCUCAUGAAGUUUGUCUUCAUGUUUAUCAAGAUAGUGUUGUUCCUUGUUUUAAAAGACUGUAUAACACAUAUUUUAUUAAUUUAAUUAAAGAAGUAAUGCUCACCA